AUGAUGGGGCAUGAAAAUCAUACUUUCACCAGUGAUUUCAUUCUUUUGGGACUCUUCUCUUCUUCUCGAUUAAGUCUAGUUUUCUUUUCCUUUAUAUUCAUCAUUUUCAUUACGACUAUAAUAGAAAACACAGUCAUGAUCCUCCUUAUCCUCAGGGACUCAAGACUCCACACUCCGAUGUAUUUCCUGCUGAGUCAUUUGUCUUUUAUGGACAUCUUGCAUAUUUCCAACAUCGUUCCUAAAAUGGUCACUGACUUUCUGUCAGGCAGUAGAACUAUUUCACUUGUAGGUUGUGGCUUCCAGGUAUUUCUAUCACUCACCCUACUGGGUGGCGAGUGCCUUCUCUUGGCAGCAAUGUCUUAUGAUCGCUAUGUAGCUAUCUGUCAUCCACUGCACUAUCCCGUUCUUAUGAAUGACUAUGUCUGCGCUGUGAUGGCUGGAGGGUCCUGGAUUAUCGGAACGGUCAACUCCAUAGUCCAUACAGCUUAUGCUCUCCACUUUCCCUUCUGUCGCUCAAGAGCUAUUGAUCACUUUUUCUGUGAAGUCCCUGCCAUGUUGAAGCUGUCCUGUGUGGACACAACACUCUAUGAACGAGGAGUUUAUGUAAGUGGCUUAAUUUUUCUGCUUGUCCCUUUUUCCCUAAUUUUUGCUUCUUAUGUCCAAGUUCUCCUUACUGUCCUUCAAAUGAAAUCAUCAGAAGCACGUAAAAAGUCAUUUUCCACCUGUUCCUUCCACAUGAUGGUGGUCACAAUGUACUAUGGACCAUUUAUUUUCACAUACAUGAGACCCAAAUCAUACCACACUCCAGGCCAGGACAAGUAUUUGGCAAUAUUCUAUACCAUUCUCACACCCACACUCAACCCUAUCAUCUACAGCUUUAGGAAUAAAGAUGUCCUAGAAGCAAUGAAAACUAUGCUCAAAAGUAACUUUCUCCAUUAA